AUGCAAAUCUUGCAUUUGAAUUCUCAAACGCAAAUCGUGCGAUCGAAUUUGGAGAUUUCGGAACGUGGAGGGCUGUUGUAUUUCAUAGGUUGAGUAGAUAGGUAGAAAAUGUAAGGUAUAUUUUUACAAGGUUAGCAGGAUUUGUCCUCCACACACCUGUACAAAUAUGAAAGAAUCAAGGCAGUCUGGAUUUUGUCCCAAGCGGCGUCUGUCUUAUACGCGCGUACGGAAAAUCCUGUCUGCACAAAUGGGGUAACCGUGAGCGAUGGGAUGUAGUGCUAAUUCAUUUCGACAGGUCUAUCUCAGGCUCGAUGAUAGCCGUCACUUGAAGGCCCUCGAAUGAGAUUACACUCAUUUUCCCCGCCAUCUCUACCUACACAUCCAAAAAAGAGGUGUCCCGAGCCUCACUACCAAACCCUUCUCUCCGAGAGAAACCCAAAAACACAACAAAGUUCUCACAACUUUCGACCAGUGCCCAUCUCACGUGUUGAGAAUUGCAGAUCUUCAUAUAUUCACAUGCAGGCUCGCGCUUAUAUCACCUCAGACGUGAGGUUCAAGUCCAUAUUGGCGGGAACUCCUAGCUAUGCAAUAUUAGUUUACCGCCAAUUUAUAGUAAGCAUUAUGGUAAGCCUCGGGGGCCACAAUAAUGAUAAUUACGAAACUGAAUCUUACGGAUGCACCAAUGCCAUACUGGAUGGAUGGCUCACACAACUGCCUAUCCCCCACCAUAAGGCAAUCAGGCAUGUCGUAGAGAAUACUAAAGAGCUUAGAAUCCCCUUAGAUCCCGUUAUCCUUGGGAGUAAAACUUUGUCAAACAUGUCUCCAUAUUUCGUGUCUCUGAUACUCUCUUCCUUAUUCUACCCUUCACAGGCUGCCUUACAAAAAUGCUGGUGGCCAGACGGAAAAACAGUCGACGGCGGUGCUGUCCCAUGCAACCAAACAGGCGACGCAGCAACAGGAAAAGCCUCAUCAGCAUGCUGCGAUCCCUUGGAUUCUUGUUCGAUGAGCGGAUUCUGUCUAGGGAGAUCAGGUUGGGCAUACAGGGGAAGCUGUACCGAUCAAACAUGGAAAUCUCCAAAUUGUGCAAACCAAUUCAAGCAAUGUAUUAAUGGUAAGACCAUUCAGCCAAAAAGAAGAAAAGAAUAUGCAUGUACUUAGAGAUUACAGAUGAUACAUCGGGCCCUUAUAAGACGUAUGCGAUCUUGCGAUCCUGUGCCCAGCCAGGAUAUGAGUCUUUCGAUUUCUGCUGUGGUGCCGGUGGUCCCAGUGAUAGAGAUUGGGGGAAAGAUUGUUGUCAGUCAUCUUUCAAACUUGGGGUCACCGGUGCAGCAUUCAAACCUGGGUUUGAUGCCUUAUUGCAAAACCUUACAGCUGCCGCAAACUCUGCGGUGACUUCAGCAGCCCCCAUUCCAACGUCUGCCCCUGAAGCUUGCCCAACCGCAGCAGCAGCAGACUCAGCAGCGAGUUCAAAAAACGAUGAUCUAGGAAUGAAAAUCGGCGUUGGUGUUGGCGUGCCGCUCGCCGUUUUGGCAGUUGGAACAUUAGUCUUCUUGUUCUGGCGUGAAACGAGGAGGAAUGCUCAUCAUUCUGAGUGGAGGAAUGAGUCCGGUACGAUAGCAUCAGCCAUGGCGUACAGGGAGGCAUAUGAGAACCAGCAAAUCAAAAACGCAGAGAAGAUCCAGAAGCAACAGUUCAUUUCUCAGCAGAGAGAGGCAAGGGUUGAAGCACCAGUACAGAAUCCGUCUUAUGAGUUACCUAAUUCUCAUAGGUAGCGUCAUAGGAGAGUAUGGAGUAAGGAAGAAUUUAUGAAAGACCUUUUGGAGUAUCUCUUACGCUCUCUGAACGCAUUUCCCUUAUGCUGCUCGGUGAGCAAGCCAAGCCACGUGGACGUCGAAACGCUGAACAAACCCCAUCAAGACCUUCUUUUUUAUGAUGUAAGCGAAGAGAAACUCUUAGAAAUUCUAGAAAUCGGGCAGGGAUAUAUCCUCCCGCGUCUCCUUGGCAAAAUAUUUCCAAAUCUAUAUACAUGUAAAAAGAGACACGAUUGAAUCAGGGGCUCGCUAAGCACAAAAAUAUACCUUGGCGGGAUUUGGAGCGGAGGAGAUGAUUGGAGCGAAGCUCAUAGUU